GAAUUGAAGUCAGGCAAACUUGACCCUCUACUGUUCUUUCGAGUAUAAGUAGUAGGCACCUCCAGUUGUAUGUGAAUCAGCUUUUGGCUAGGAUUUUGAAAAUAAUCACAGGUUAUCUUUGAAGAACAUAAAAUGAUUUUUAAAGUGAUUGAGCCUUGUUUUUUUUGCGUUGCUUUUAUUGGUUCAUUGAUUUUUAAAAGUAAAUUCAGCAGCAGUACGAUGGAAUUCGAAAACAUGGAAUCUCGUUCACUGGUGGCAUUUGGUAUACCUACGGUCGAUUACAGCUUUUUGGUCGGCGAUGAAGAUGAAGUCGAUAGGUACGGAUUGAAUAUCGAUAGCCAACGUGAAAUGACCCACGAGUUGCUGAAUUUGAUCAAAAAUGAUUUUUACAAGAAGAAGUACAAAUUUAAGAAGCUGGCCGGAGGAAAUUGUCUAGUAUCGUUAAUGGUAUUUCAAAAUUUACUCGGAAAUCGAAACCAGACUACGAUGUUCGGAGCAGUCGGUGACGACGAAGAAGGACUCUUCCUCGAAAAAUACACGAACAACGCAUUUGUUGAAGCAAAAUUCGACUCCUUGGAAAACCGUCGAACCGCUAACUGCGUCAUCCUCAUCCAUAAGGAUUUACGGACCAUCGCCGUUGUGAAUGGCGCAGGAGGCGAAUAUUCGCUAGACAAGUGCGCCAAUCUGAGCAAUAAAUUGGAAAUUGUCAAGCGUUCCAAGGUCGUCUUAUUCGAAGGAUUCUUCAUCGCGUUCAGUUAUGACGUAGCUGUCAAAGUAAUACGACAUUGUAAGAAGAACGGUAACGUUGUGGUCAUCAAUAUAUCCGGAUCCUACGUUGUUAACAAUUUUCGCGAAAAAUUAAUCGAUUGCUUAUCCAUGUGCGAUGUACUGAUCGGCAACAGCGAUGAGUUUGACGCUUUAUGUCGAGUAUUGAAUGUAACCGGUGAUUCUGUUGGUCAAAAAGUUAAAACAGUGCAGCGUAGGAUGCUGUUAACUCACGCUGCAAAUAAUACCGUCCGGAGUAAAUUAAAAUGCAUGGAGAAGUUUAAGAAAAUCGUUGUCAUUACUAAUAACAAGAAACCUGUGUGUUGCGCUUACGGUGAUAAUGAACUGGUUCAGUAUACAGUGCCUCCUGUUAAAUCGCAUUUAAUCAAAGAUACCACCGGAGGUGGAGAUUCAUUUUUGGCCGGAUUUUUGUACGGUUUGGUCAAAGAACAGAGUAUUCUAAAGUGUAUUGAAACUGGUUGCUUGGUUGCAUCGAAAGUUAUACAGAAACAUGGUUAUGAUAUUGAUGAGUCGACAGUAUUCAGAUGAUACAUUAUUUAUGUAUGUACUUAAUUUAUACGAAGUAAUGUGAGAAUCUAUUUAUAAGUGAACUAGGUAUUUAAACUACCUACUUGAUUAUUUUCGUGUGCCUAUAGGAGAGUGAUAUGAUUAUUUUUUCAUGCGAUAGGUACUCGUAAGUAUUAUUAUCAUGCUCAUCCAUUUUUAUUUUUAAUUUAAUCCAAGUUUGAUGUUUUUUUUUUGUUUUUUUUUUCCAUACUUAUUAAUAAGUGAAGAAAAUAUUUGAUAAUUAGGCUUACCUACUUCUCGAAUUAGGUAGCUGUUUCGUGAGUUCAGGUGUCUUGAAAUUUUCACCGUUGAGUUGUAAUUUUAAAACAGAAACGAAUUAUGUGUGUCUCACGAAAAAUAUGAAUAAGACUGAGUUCCUUAAUAAACAUCUACAAUACCUA